UUUUUUUUUUCUCUCUUUCUUCUUCACCAUUCUUUUAAUGCCUAAUUAUUAACCCUUUUUUUUCUAAAAAAAAAAUUAUUUUGUUUUAUUUGGUGACCGAGAAUUGAUUUAUUGAGUUUCCAAAUAGUUUACUGUAUCUAACCCUAAUCUAAAUAACCCACCCUUUUCUUUAUUGCUUCUACUAAAAAUGGAUUUCUGCACUACUCCAAUUGAAAUGUUACACUCACCCACAUCUCUGUCUAUUCAAGACUUGAUCACAGCGACUGCCAAAGCCGAAUUUUUGUUAGAACUCUUGACUUCGGAUCAAAUCCAUGCUAUUGAACAAACCUUGUGCAAAGUGAAGAGAAGAAGGCUGGAUAAGGAACAACAAGUACCUGUUCAUGAACCUAAAGUAGCUGACAAGCCAGUACAGCCAACAGUCAAAGUAAACACAACACCCAAUGAACCUAUCACUGAAAUCAGAGACGGUAUUGAAUGGGUCUCGUUUGUCUAUUCUCAUAACCGGACAAUGAAGCGCUACUCAAUUCGUACUGAUCUUCAACAAAUUGACACAACCCUGAUUGAUGACAAGUUCAAAAGUGACAAUUGUGUUUAUCCUCGAGCCAAUUUACCCAAAGAGGAGUACACAGGUAAUCGCUGGGCUUAUGAGACAGAAUGUAAUGUGCUUGGAUGGAAGUUGGCUUGGUUGAAUAAGGACGAGAUUGCUGGUAAACGUGGAUUGAUUCAACGCGCUGUUGAUUCUUACCGUAAUCGUUAUCCGAGUAUGCGUUCGCGUCGUGUUGCUCGUCAAGAAAAAUUAUUGAAUGGUACCCUUCGCAAACGCAAACAUCGUGAUGGUGAUGAACAUCACAGCAACAACACGUCUGAUAACCAGGAAAGCACAUCUUCUCCUUUGUCUGGUAUGCAAUCUGCUCACCAUCCCAAGACAAUUGCUAUUGAAGACACAAACAACCAGCGUUUCCGUAUCAAGAUCAACGUAGAAUCCGUAGAUCUCGAAGAAAUCAAUAUUGAAUUCCGCAAAGCCAACUGUCCUUAUCCUCGGGCGAUGAACAUGCCUAAGCCUGCUACAAACAACACGCGUUGGGUAGAAGAAACAAUGUGCAAUGAAUUAGCAUGGAAAUUGGCUUGGUUAAAUCCUAGACAUUUGGCUGGAAAGAAGAAUAUGCUCCAACGUGCGCUUGAUAUCUAUCGUUCUAAAUUUAUGCCAUCACUGCAACCCCGCAAGAACUCAAAGCGUGUUGCGCCUAUCCCUCCUCCCUCCUUAACAAACACAACAAAUCAACAAACCACUCUUAUGAACCUACUUUCUUCUAGCAAAAACAACAAUGUUCCUUUGACAGCAGAUGCUCUAUCUGCCCAAAAUGCUAUGUUUGAAAAGAAAGCUUCUUCAACGCUUCAUUCACCAGUUAUGUCAAGCACUAGCGGAACAACUGAAUCUCUUGAUUUCAAUGAUUGCUUCUCGCUGGCCGAAGAAGAAUCCACCAAGAAUGACGUUAAAGCAGCCAUAUUCUGUGAUGCACUCUUGCAAGAGCCCUUAUCUACCUCAAGCGGAAGUACUGAUGUGCCUGGUUUACGCAUGAAUUCGACUAGUUCUUACGGCACAAACAGUGCUGCUUGUACUCCCAGCCCUAGCACAACAUUAGCAACAGAUCCCUUUAACAACGAUUUCUUUGAUCAAUUUAUAAUGCCUACUGAUGACGAUCCUUUCUACAGCACUAUGUUUUCUGAUAUUGCAAACACAUCUGAUGCUGAACAGCUUUCCAAAUUGUACAAUACACCAAUUGAAGACACAUUUAAUGCUGGUAACUUGUUAGACCCUCUCUUUUAAAAUUGUAAAUAACUCUUUUGUACACUUUCAUUCCCAUAUAUUUCUUUCCCACCUUUUUUUUUAUACGAAAAACUGACAAAAAAAAAACUCCAUAAUCAUUUUACAUACUUAUUUGACAUGCAAAAAAAAUUUAUUCUCUUAUUCCUGUUUUAUUUAUACACUACUGUUAUUUAUUUCUUUAGAACAAUACGCUUGGGGGUCUUUGAACUCUUAAAAAAUAAAAAUAAAAAAAAAUGUUUUUCUUUCA